AUGGUCAGUAGACCUCUGGAUGGGGCGGAGCAGGCUGAGAUCCACUCCACGCCUUCCAUCUCCAGCUCUCAAAAAAUAUGGCACACCAUAACCACCCAAUAUGGGGAUCUCAGGAAAACCGCCCUGAUACCAGAGGAUACACCAAAGGUCCAGGGCUACGACUUUAACCAGGGAGUGGACUACCGCGCCCUGAUGAAGGCUUACCUUACCACAGGCUUGCAGGCCACUAAAGUUGGAUUGGCUAUCCAGAAGAUCAACGCAAUGAUCGAGAGGUGUCAGCAACUGGUGGAGGGAGGUGUUGAUGAAGACCCAUCAACCUGCCCCUGCCUGAUGAGCUGCACCAUCUUCCUCGGUUACACCUCAAACCUCAUCAGCAGCGGACUCAGGGAGACUAUCCGCUACCUCGCAGAACACAAAAUGGUGGAUGUCUUAGUGACCACAGCUGGAGGUAUAGAGGAGGAUCUGAUGAAGUGUUUCAGCCCAGCUUACAUUGGAGACUUUACUAUGUCUGGCAAGGAUCUGUACGAAAAAGGCCAUAACAGGGCUGGAAACACUCUCUAUGUCAAGUUUCACAAAUGGAUGCCUCCGAUCUUGAAGCAGAUGCUGCUGGAGCAGAACACUCAGGUGUGGCUGGACAAGGAGAUCAACAACCCUGAAUCAGUUUACUACUGGGCCUACAAGAAUAACAUGCCGGUGUUCUGCCCUGCCCUGACAGACGGCGCUAUAGGAGACGAGCUCUUUGUCUUCUCAGCUGAAAACCCGGGCUUAAAACUGGACAUAGUUGAAGAUAUUUCCAAGUUGAACAGCCUCCCAAUUGCUGCCAACAGCACAGGGAUGAUCAUCCUGGGAGGAGGUGUAGCCAAACACCAAGUAUGUAAUGCCAAUUUCUGGAGGAAUGGAGCCGACUACGCAGUGUAUGUGAACACGGCUCAGGAGUUUGAUGGUUCUGACUCAGGGGGCAGUCCUGAUGAGGCCAUGUCCUGCGGAAAGAUCAAAGUAGAUGCUAAACCUGUGAAGGUGUGUGCAGAUGCUUCCAUCGUUUUCCCCCUAUUGGUGGCAGAGACCUUUGCAGUCCAUGCUAAUAAGAAGACAGCUGGCAAGGAAAACAAAUAAACAAAUUAUCGGUCUGGAAUACAAAGCUUCAGAUGGAAUCAGUCAUAUUCCACAUUGUAAACCUUGAAAAUUUAUAAAAAUAAAUAAUAAUUUGAAAUUCUGCUUUGUUUCCACCAGCAAAACAAAUGAUAAUACCAGUAAUACUGAGGGUCAAAGGAUAUAGGGUACUGUAAAACCCUUUAUGACAAA